AUGCACACGGCUCGCUCGCCCCUGACCCAGGAAGUACGACCGGAAGACGUCGUCGAUCCGAAGAAGCACAACAAGGACUGGACGGAAAUGGAUGCGAACGACUACGAUGGCGACUACAUUGCGAGCACCGAUCCAAUUCACCCAGUGAGUACCGAUCACUCGCACCCACUCGAUGACGACGAUGGAAGCUGGAUCUUCAACCACUUUUCACCAGAAGAGAUGGAACCCACGGCCGGAGAUUUAGACUUCGACCAGAAUGGUUGGAGCUGGGACAAUAGCGAACAUGCCAACGACGACGAUAGCGAGAAGGGCGAAAUUCGCGUCGUUGCUAAAUCUCAAGAAGAGAACACUACGUCACAGAUCGGUGACAACGAUCUCAUCGCAUGGGGGCCGGAAGCCUCGGCGUCCUCCACGCUUUCGAAAAUCAGCAUGGAUGGUCUCAGUAUGGAACAUAAACAUGCGAAGAAGCAGAAAGAACUCAUACUCGCCGCAUUCUGGGUUGUCGUUAAUGAGUCUAAGGAGCCACAAAGACAAUCAGACUCCAGGAUAGACAACGUGAACGUGAUCCUUCGCAGCCUCGAGAUCUCUCACAAUACUUCAGCGCCUUCGGCCCCUUGCACGCCGACUAAGUCACCUCACAUGUGGGUGGAUGGUUCCUCAGACGUCCAUACUCCACCAUCAACGCCUGUUCGGCCCACAACACCACCAAGUCCCAACUCAACACGCACAGCUUACAACAAACAACGCAAGUUCCUCAAGAAGCGACUGCAAGAAGAUGCUAAUAAGAACAAGUACUACAGUGACUUGCUCCUUAUUUCGCGAUUCGAGGCGAGGGCAUUUGAGGGACCAGAGGGGAGAUUUAUUGCUGAUCCCCAGAUGGUGAGAACAAGAGGAAGAGGGAACGGGUGGUUUCAGUAA